AUCUCGUGUUCUUUUUCUUUAGCAAAUGCUUCGAACCAUUGCAGGGCACGGAUGGAGGUCGCGUUCUACUAAACCUGCUCAAAACUUACACAUAGGCAAACCUGGCGCUGGCUUUAGCUUUGAACUUACUGAUGAACAGAAAGAGUUUCAAGCUACUGCUUGUAAAUUUGCUGUGGAGGAAAUUAUUCCCGUUGCUGCACAAUACGACAAAACUGGAGAGUAUCCUCUCCCACUUACAAAGCGGGCUUGGGAACUUGGUCUUAUGAAUUCACACAUACCAGAAAGCUGUGGUGUUCUUGGCCUUGGCAGUUUUGAAGCAUGCCUUAUUAUGGAAGAGUUAGCUUAUGGGUGUACGGGGCUUCAAACUGCCAUUGAAGAAAAUUCCCUAGGGCAAAUGCCAGUAAUCAUUGCAGGAAAUGAGUGUCAGCAGAAAAAAUACUUAGGAGAACCAAUGAUGUGUGCUUACUGUGUAACAGAGCCUGGAGCGGGCUCUGAUGUGGCUGGCAUAAAAACAAAGGCUGAGAAGAAAGGAGACGAAUAUAUUGUUAGUGGCCAGAAGAUGUGGAUCACAAAUGGUGGGAAAGCAAACUGGUAUUUUUUGCUAGCUCGUACUGAUCCAGAUCCAAAAGUUCCUGCAAGCAAAGCCUUUACUGGAUUCAGUGAAGCAGAUAGCCCUGGGAUAGGGAGACAGGAAAUGAAUAUGGGUCAGCGCUGCUCAGACACAAGAGGUAUUUUCUUUGAAGAUGUGAGAAUCCCAAAGGAAAAUGUAUUAAUAGCUGAGGGAGCUGGCUUUAAAAUCGCAAUGGGAGCUUUCGAUAAGACCAGACCGCCUGUAGCAGCUGGUGCUGUUGGAUUAGCAAAACGAGCACUUGAUGAAGCUACUAGAUACGCUUUGGAGAGAAAAACCUUUGGGAAAGCAAUUGUUGAACACCAAGCAGUGUCUUUCUUGCUUGCUAAAAUGGCAAUGAAAGUGGAACUGGCGAGGACGGCUUACCAGCAAGCUGCCUGGGAAGUUGAUGCUGGUCGCAGGAACACCUACUAUGCUUCCAUUGCAAAGGCAUUCGCUGGUGACAUUGCACACCAGGUAGCUACGGAUGCAGUACAGAAUUUUGGAGGAAAUGGAUUUAAUACUGAAUAUCCUGUAGAAAAACUAAUGAGAGAUGCUAAAAUCUACCAGAUUUAUGAGGGAACUGCUCAGAUUCAAAGGAUGAUCAUAGCUCGUGAACACAUUGGCAAAUUUAAGGCUUAA